GCCCUGCCUGCAGCCAAUGAAGUGGAUCCUGCAGCUUGUCCUGCUGGCGCAGGUGGCACCCGGCGCUGCAGAUGGCAGUGCUGCGGACGAGCUCCCGCUGACCACCAGGACCCGAUCUCCCUCGCCCGCCCCUGGGGCGACGUCAGCGGGGUGCCGCGCGCCGCCGCCGAGGCCGACAACUCCACGACCGCCGCUUCCGAGGCCAGCGCCGCCGCCGCGGAGCCGGCGCGGCCCGCGGCCGCGGGCCCCAGUGGGGCUUCAGGCUCCUCGCCCCAGCGCGCCGCCGCCGCCUGGGCGUCCGCCAGCGCCCCUGCGCCCCGCGCCGCCCACGUGGCAGCGGCCCCCGCCGUCGACGGCGUGCCGCGGGAGGCCGCCCCGGCGCAGGAGGGGGCCCAGACCGUGCGGCAGCAGCUGGAGGAGCUGCGCCGGCAGCUGGCCGUGGAG